CUCUGUCCUGUUCUGGCUCAGUCAAACCUGCUCUCUGAGCACUUGGAUGGAAAUCUUCCUGUCAGUGUUGGAGACUUGAAGCGAGGCGUUUCAGGAUAAGCGCGGGUCUCGUUUGCCUCUCUGCGGUUGGGACAGGCUCUUCCCUGGAAGACUGCGGUGGCGGGUCGUUCUCUGAGAGGUGAAGACGUCGGCGGGCCGGAGGGGUCGGCUGGGUCGCCUCUGCUGUCAGCGAUGGUGUUUUCCCUCCUUGCUCUCUUCUUCCUCAUCAGCUCCGUCUCCAGCUUACCUCAGCCUGUGCCAAGAGUUUUCCUUCCCUUUGGAGAUCUGAAGGGAUCGCAGUCGUUUGAACACUUCAGUAUAUCUGACAAGGCCAUGGACUACAGGAUCCUGCACAUGGAUGAGGACCAGGACAGGAUGUAUGUGGGCUGCAAGGACCAUGUUCUCUCCAUGGACCUCAACAACGUCACCCAUGGCACACUUAAGUUGUUUUGGCCUGCAAGUACAAGCAAAAUACAAGAAUGUCAAAUGGCAGGAAAGGACUCUACACACGGCUGUGGGAAUUUUGUCCGUGUGGUGCAGCCUUACAACAGAACUCAUCUGUUUAUGUGUGGCAGUGGAGCCUACAGCCCCGUCUGUGUGUACAUCAACAGAGGCCGGAGACCAGAGGAACAAGUGUUUCAUGUCGACUCGGAGACGGAAUCGGGAAAAGGGAGGUGCUCCUUCAACCCUCAAGUCAACACCGUCUCUGUCAUGAUCAAUCAGGAGCUGUUCUCAGGCAUGUACAUCGACUUUAUGGGGACAGAUGCUGCCAUCUUCAGGAGCCUGACCAAGAGAAAUGCAGUGCGAACAGAUCAGCAUAACUCCAAGUGGCUCAGUGAGCCAGUUUUCAUUGAUGCCCAGCUCAUUCCAGACGGAACUGACCCAAACGACGCCAAGUUGUAUUUUUUCUUCCGCGAGAGGUUAACGGAUAACGACGGGAACACUAAAAACAUCCACACCAUGGUGGCCAGAGUGUGUCCUAACGACACCGGAGGGCAGCGCAGCCUCGUCAACAAGUGGACCACCUUCCUGAAAGCCAGGAUGGUGUGUUCGGUUCUGGAGGACGACGGCACCGAAACACACUUUGAUGAACUCGAGAGCGUAUUUUUGCUGGAGACGGAUCAGCCCAAAGGCUUGCUGCUGUUUGGAGUCUUCACAUCCACAAGCUCCGUGUUCAAAGGGUCAGCAGUGUGUGCGUACAACAUGGCGGACAUCCUGACCGUGUUCAACGGGCCGUUCGCUCACAGAGACGGACCCAACUUCCAGUGGGUGGCUUUCCAGGGCCGCAUUCCCUACCCAAGGCCCGGGACAUGUCCCGGCGGAGCCUUCACUCCCGACAUUCACACCACGAAGGAAUUCCCAGAUGAUGUGGUGAACUUUGUCCGGAACCAUCCGGUCAUGUUCAACGCCAUCUACCCGGUGGGACGGAGACCCCUGGUGGUCCGCACCGGCGCCAACUACAGGUACACGGCGGUGGCGGUGGACCAGGUGAUGGCUGCGGACGGGAACUACCAGGUUCUUUUCCUGGGAACAGACAAAGGGACGAUCCAGAAGGUGAUAGUUCUGCCCAGCAACCGGUCCCUGCAUGGCGAUCUGGUCCUGGAGGAGCUGGAAGUGUUUAAGAAUCAAGCUCCUGUCACAAAUUUGAGAAUCUCAUCCAAAAAACAACAGCUGUACGUCAGUUCUGAGUUCGGGGUCUCGCAGGUCUCCCUGCACCGCUGCCACGCCUACGGCUCGGCUUGUGCGGACUGCUGCCUCGCCAGGGACCCCUACUGCGCCUGGGACGGGCUGAGCUGCUCGCGCUUCUACCCCACCGGGAAAAGGAGAAGCAGGAGGCAAGAUAUAAUGCACGGAAACCCACUCACUCAGUGUAGAGGAUUCAACUUAAAAGCCUACAGGAACGCUGUAGAGAUGGUGCAGUAUGGCGUGAAAAACAACACCACCUUCCUGGAGUGCGUUCCAAAGUCUCCUCAGGCGUCCAUUCGCUGGAUCUUUCAGAGGGACAACGACAGGAGGAAAGAGGUGAAGCUGAACGAUCGGGUCCUCUCCACUGAGCACGGCCUCCUGAUCCGCUCCGUCCAGCAGUCCGACCGCGGCCUCUACUACUGCCUGACCACCGAGAACGGCUUCAAACGCACCGUCGCCAAGAUCCGCCUACAUGUGCUGAGCGACGGCAUGGUGAGCGUUCUGGCGGACAAGCGGCAGGCGGCCUGGGCCUGGGCCCGCGCCGCGCACCCCAAAGCCCUGCUGGCCGCCUUCAGCCCCGCCGAGAAUCUGGCCGUUCAGCAGUACUGCAAAGAGAGGAAGGACUUCCAGAAGCUUCAGCAGAGGCAGCAGCAGGAGCAGCAGCCACCCGGGCCCCUGAGGGGGGACCUGGCCAAACUGAGGCCCCUAUUGGACCGGAGGAAGAGCCGCAACAGACGCAAUCACCUCCCUGCGGUGUGACGCAUGGCAGCGAGAAGCAGCAGAAACUGCCACACAUACCUCCCUCCGAUCCUCCAGACCCGCUGCGGACGUUAAAAUACAACCAGAAGGUUGGUUCGGGGAGAUUUAAUCCCACAAAAUCCAGUUUUCUCACAUGAGGUAACGUGACCAGAUGGCUGUGAUUUUUCAACCACGAAUUUUUGGUUUGCUUUGAUCGUCACAACACGAUAGGAAACGGACGACUUCCUCUGAUGAACUCUGCGCUCAGAGGAUAACUCACCUCAAAUCAGCUGAUUUAAUACGUUCAAUGGACCUUUAUCUGUUGCUAUUGUAAUUGAAAAAGGUUCAGAAGAGACAUGGAUGCAUUUUCGGACGAGAAAUAUCCAAGUAGGAGAUCACACUUUGCUUUCAUCAUAUGUUCCUGAUGCUACAAACAUAGUUAUUAUAACAGGUGCAUCAAGAAUAUCUACAGCCCCUCUUUGGCUUUUUCUCCUCGUUUACUGCAUCAAAACCCGUUCACUCUGUUUCCAGGAUUUCUGGAAGAGAAACGAGCCCACAGCAUUACAGAACCUCCACUGUACUGAACUGUAGGCUUCAGGUUCUUCUCCACACAAUAAUAGUUCAGGUUCGGUUUAGUUUUCAUCCCACUAACAUUUCUAUUCCUUUAUAUUUAAACUCUGCUCCACUGUGGAUCACUUUAAGGUUUAAAAGGUACUUUGGAGAGUGUAAUGUAACUUUAAAAAGUAAAGUUUAAAGUUAAAAUAAACCUUCAGUUAAAUUUAUUUCCAAAUAACUGUUGAUGAUGUUUUUCAUUUAAUACCCAAAAAUUUCAAAUAUCACAUUUUUCAAGAGCAGUGUCUGUAAUUAUUGUUAAAAUAACCUACAAAAAGAGGAAGAAAUAGAUAUUGUCACUUUUAUCACAAUCACAAAAUAUUGUGAUAAAACCUAAAAUCCAUAUCGCCCAACGCAACAUAUUUGUACAAAAUAAUGAUUUUGCAAUAAUAAAUGCAUUUAUUAACAGCGUUUUACCCAGAUAAAUGUUUGUUGCACUUCAUAAGGAGAUAGCGCCUCAAAUGUUUGGAUACAACACAAAUAAAAAUGUCAUGUAAAGUGGCCUUAAGGAACAAAACACAAAAACCAAUUAGGAAAUCUGCCUCACCAGAAACAGCAAAAGUAUAAUCUGUGUUACAAAUCAAUUCUUUUCAUUUUUAUUAUUUGUUUUGCUAAAUUUUUUGGUCUAUUUUUUUGUGUUUUGCGCCUCCUGGCUGCACAGGAACUUUAAAGGAGGUCCACAACUGUUAUGAAGCUGCAUGUCUCUUAAUUUCUUCCAUAUUUCUGUCCAACAGAAACGUUCCAGCUGUGAUCUGAUGGUCUGUUGAUCUGCGUCUGGGUUCAGUUUAAAAAAACAAACUGACGUUUCAGUGAACGGCUUGGAGGUGAGGAGUUGAGGCCGUCUUCAGUAAAGUGGAAAUCCCUUUUUUCAGACAUAGUGAGGUAGUCUGAGUUAGACAUUUUGCAUUUGUGAAUAGUUUUUUUUCAACCUAUAGAUGAUGUAGAUAGAAAAUAUUGUUUUUGUACAAAGUGUUUUAUGCUUCUUUAAUGUUUUAAAUUAAUAUUCUUGCCACGUUUGGUCAAAAUUGUUUUUUUUUGUACAUAACUUUGGUGUUGUUUACCAGCUGUGACCGCAUCUGCGAAUUCAAAAUAUUUUAAAGCAGCAUGCAUGUUCCCUCCUUCAGUCUCCGCUUCACAUGUCAGACUUUUCAUUUCAACUCUGCGUAAUUUUAUUGUCAUAAAUUCUAUGUAUUUGUAUUUAUUAAUGUCGUAGCCUGAAUAAAUCUGUUCAAGUGAA